AUGGCUUCAUCCUCAAAUGUUCAACGCAAGGCAUCAUCGUCACAUAAUGUUCAACAAAGGAAACCUGCAUAUUUUCCUUUGAAGUCUUGUUCGAUUCCUAAUAAUGAACUGAAGGUUCUCUGCGAAACAAUGAUGGAUUUUGAAAAUCUUAUGGCACAUGAUUUAAAAACCAAAACUACAAUGCUUGUACAGGGAUGGUCAAAUUACUUUGAAAGGUUGAUUGGACCAGUUUACCCUUUAUUGGUUAAGGAUUUCUGGACACAUGCUACGGUUACUUCAACUGCCAUCAUCUCCUUCGUGCUAGGGCAUGAAGUCAUUGUGACUGAGAAGUUGAUAAGAAAAUUGUAUGGUCUUGAUGGUAUAGAUGGAAUCACUAGUGCUCUUCAUGGAAGAACUGAUUGGGAAAAGUCGAUCGAGAGUUGUUUUCUUCUGGUAUUGCCUCUCCCUUCACUACUGCCUUGA